GGUCUUUCCAAUCCAACAGGUGUUGCCUGCCCAAGCGCCCAGUCUCCUUCUCCAGUCAAUUCCCAGCCUCCGCCUCCGCCCCCGCCCCCGCCCCCGCCCUCUCCUACGGCCUCCGCGUCCGCUCCCGCCCGGAGGCUGCAUCAAACCCUACCUCUCCGGACCUCCCGGCCGGCCGCGAGAUGCGACGCCUGUCCGGCCCCUAAUCCUCCUCCUCGCUGCUGCCCCUCGCCCGCCCGCCGGCAUGGGCCGCUACGGGCCCUUCCCUGCCGCCGCCGGGGAUGGCGGGGGCUGCCUGCCCCUGCCGAUUGUAGCGGCUGAGGGCGCGCUGGCUGUCCUGGACGUUGCCAUUGCGACCGCGGCCUUCGUGCAGCUAGCAAGGAUUCACAGGCACAACCAGCUACAAGGAUGGACUCGGCAAAAGAUAUUCCAUUUAAUGAUUGGCCUAUCAAACGUUGUGUUCCUAGUGUAUUUCGUGUCUACCAUCAUUGCUACUUGUCAGAGAUGGAUUUGCUGGGUGCAUGGAUGUGGAUUUGUUCUCAUGGCUAGUCCACAGAUAUUGCUUCUUGCUUCUUUCUUGUUGCUACUGUCAUUCUGGGUUGACCUGUGUCAUCAGACAAAUGAUGAAGACGAAGAAGAUGGAAGGAAUCAGAGUCACCAUGAAGCUUUACUAGACAGAACAAAAGUGAAACCUGGCAUCCGUCCUGUUAAUAUCCGUCAGAGGUGUUGCCCAGGAAUACAGCUUGGAAGCCGGCAAAAAUUUGUGAUUUUGGUGCUUGUACUGUCAUUUGUUGUUAUGUUCGCCUUUGCAAUCCUCAUAUGGGUCGGCAGAGGAGAAAAUCCUAUUGAUUCUUCUCUACUGAAAAGGGUCUAUUUGGAUGUAUUUUCAGUAGUAGUUAUUGUUCUUGGUGGUGCUCUGGCAUGUUACGGUGCAGUGUUAUUCUCGAAGAUGAGCAAAGUUCGUUCUGAAACUGUAUCCACUGAGAAGUGGAAGGUUGCCAGUUUAGCUGCUGUCUCACUGAUUUGUUUCUCGUCUUCUGCUAUACUUGCACUUGUGACCAAUGUUCCAGUGCUUUUGUAUUGGUACUCGACAGAUGUGGACAUCAUCAACAAUGCUGUAAUUUUGUUUAUAUAUUACUUCAUAGGCUCGUCAGUGCCAUCAGGAUUUGUUCUCUGGAUCAUGAGAGAGAUGCCUCAUCGGCAGGUAGUUGAAAGGCCCACAGAAUCGAGAGUGGUUACUUUGUUCAGGGAAAGACCAUCAACUACACAGGAUCCACAGUGGAGGACAGCUGUCACAUCCUCAAACAAGGCCCUCAAGUCAAGCCCAAUUUAACCUGAAGACAAACUAUCGGCAGUGAUACUUUUAUUCUGCUUAAUGUGCUGGGACUUACCAGCACACGUCAAGGUCGCACUGGCGUCUGCUGGCAUUGUGAUAACUGUUGGGUACAAGAUGAAUCUGUAAUUGCUACUUGAAGGCAACAUUGGAUAAGUGACGGAAUUAGUUGUGGCUGUACCAUACUUCUAAGCUCUCGGCCACGUUAUGAGCUGAUGCAUUAGAACUGAGGUUGGGGUAAUGUUUGAAGAAUUAACAAAUGUAAAUAGCUUUGGCAGUUAGUGUCCCCUUUUAGAUUUACCAUACUCUUCCCGUUGGUUACAUGUACCUUGUUUUAUUUAUUAGUGCUUCAUCUAAUUUACCAUAGAAGGGCCCUGUGUUCAACAGGUCUUAAUUACCUGCAGACACUAUGAAUCACUGAGCAGUUGUAACAUACUCUGACUAGCUGUAAAAUGGCCAAAUCCUGCUGCUUUGUGUUAUGUAUUUUUA